CCUUUUUCUGCCACUGGCGUUGCCCUUGUGUGGCCGUUUGGCGCCAUGUCCGGUUAUGCCGAUGAGUCAAAGGAACUGGUCCUGGAACUGGGCCAGAAGGUGCAAGUGGCGGGCUACCCGGCGACGGUGCAGUUCCUGGGGGAGACCCACUUCGCCCCGGGCCCUUGGGUCGGUGUGGAGCUGGAGCCAGCUGUCGGCAAGAAUGACGGCUCGGUCAAAGAGCACCGGUACUUCACCUGUCCACCCAACCAUGGCCUCUUUGUGCGGCAGAGCGUGGUGAAGCUGUGGACUGAGCCGGAGCCAGGGGCCAACCAAGUAGCUCCAUCUAGCGACGAUGAGGUGGAGGAGGUGAUGCGAAUGACAAGCACCAAAUCCCGCCGGCGUGGGGGUGUCUCUGCAGAAGCUAUGCGGGACGAGGAGGAAUGGGUGCCUCCGAGCUACCCGAAGAGCCCAGAGGAGAAGCAACAGCUGCGCCAAGUCAUCGAAAGCUCGCACGAUAGCAAGCUUCGGAUGAUGUUUGGAAAUUUGUCUCCCAAAGGUCUCGAGAAGGUGGUGGAGGCCAUGUUCUGCAAGCUGCUGGCAAAGCGGGAGACCAUCAUCAAGUACGGCGACGAAGGAGACAACUUUUACAUCGUGAGGAAGGGGAGCUUCGACAUCUUCGCCUUCCGGAAGAUCCGCGGCGCUCAGGCUGAGGAGGAGGAUGGUGGCAUGGUCAAGGUCUUCGAGGCGCGCCAGGGAUUUGCCUUCGGCGAGGCGGCGCUGCUCUACAACGCCCCGAGGUCAGCCACAAUCAUAGCGAGAGAGGACUCAGAAGUUUGGUGCCUGGAGAGGAGAGCCUUCCGAGAACUCGUCAUCAGGGCUUCGGAGCAGAAGUUCAAGGAGUACACGGAGUUCCUGAAGCACUGCGACGUGCUGCAAGAGCUGGAUGUGGAGCGGAUUGCGAAAGCGAUUUCACAUGAGAUCUCCGGUUGA